AGAAAAGUUUUUCUAUUGUUGAACGCUGUCUGAGAUCACUUCUGGGGUGAAAAGCAAAAGUGAAACUGGAUACCUAUUUGAAAUUCAACCACAGUAGACAGUGCUCAUCUAAAAAAAACUACAAUGCAGUUGAUAUUAGUUAUUCAUAGCAAGCGAAGCCUGGGAGAUUAUCAGAACGUAACGAAGUCACUGUACUUAGUUUUUCGAUUAGCUUGUAAACGACCGGGGGUGGAGCACAGUGUGUAAUGACAUUCGACAGCGGAUACCUGCGUGCAUCACGGUCUCAUGCAUAACGUCUCUCACGUAAUAAAUAAACACCCUUGUUGAUUGUCGCAAUUGUAGCAACUAAAAUAGGUAUUCGUGGGUCGAAACGUCAUCGUCUGGCUAGUUCAUUGACCUCAAGUUGCAUCAUAAUCAGUGUAUAACCUGUCAACCAAAAGUAGCCGGAUCGAAGCAGGCAUCGAGUAGUGGUGGAAGUGAUGAUUUUUCGCAAUUUCCUCUUCUUCACUCAGCAACUCAACGUGAAAAGCAGGUUCAUUUCGUGACGAACGAUCCGGUCAGUUAGAAACUUUGCCCGAACGAGAACGAGACGCUAUGAGACAAAUAAGAAGUCAAACAUCAUCGACAUAGAAAAGGGACUAGCGGAAAAUGAGCACGGCAAGCCACUGUAUCUUGCCUCACCGGCGACGUCACCAGCGCUUCCAGCAGCAGUGACGGUUGACCCAGCAAAGCCUUCUACCGCAAGCAGCAGUCCACGCUCGACCAGCGAACGGGUCGGAUUGGUGUUUCUGUACGUGAUUCAGUUCGUCGGGUUGGGUGCUUCGAUCGCGGGCAUCGUCCUCAUCUGGUACUACAUGGGUUGGGAGUUUGGAUUACCGGCGAUCCUGAUCGCGCUGCUGGCCGUGCUGAUUGCCAGCGGAGCAUGGCGCUGGCUGUACAUUGCUGCCGUGACGGCACCGCGUGACGCAAAAGCACUAACGCGCUACAUCAAGCUCCUGAGAUUGGUGAGGAAGUACUCUCGACAGAACUCCAGUAUCGCGGAGAUCUUCGCCGAGUAUGUUGCCAAGCAACCGGAUAAAGCCUGCUUUAUCUUCGAGGGGAAGGAAUGGACUUUCAGAGAGGUCAGUGACUACUCGAACCGGGUAGCGAACGUGUUCCACACCCAUGGCUACAAGCAUGGCGAUGUCGUCGGUUUGCUGCUAGAGAAUCGGCCCGAAUUCGUUGCCACUUGGCUGGGCCUAUCGAAGCUGGGAGUAAUCAUUCCACUGAUCAACCACAAUCUACGGAAGAAUGCGCUCAUGCACAGUAUUACUGUGGCGAAGUGCAACGCUUUGUUGUACGGUGAAUCGUUGUGUGACUCUGUCGCCGAGAUCAGCGACUCACUUCCGUCGUCAACAGCUCUGUAUCAGCUUAACGAUACUGUCCAGAAAUCAGUGCUGCCAAACUCGAAGGAUAUGGCGACCUUGCUACAGUCCGCUUCGAAGGAGCAACCGUUGUCCGGUGUCAAGAAACCAGACCACCAUGACCGUCUGUUAUAUAUCUAUACAUCCGGUACAACAGGGCUGCCGAAGGCUGCCGUCAUUACACACUCCAGAUUCGUAUUCAUCACGGCAGCUAUCCACGUCAUGUCUGGUUUCCGAAGCGACGACAUAUUCUACACUCCACUUCCAUUGUAUCACACCGCCGGCGGUAUGAUGAGUUGCGGACAGGCCCUACUGUUCGGUGCAACUGUCGCGAUUAGGAAAAAGUUUUCCGCGUCACAGUACUUUGUUGAUUGUCAAAAGUACAACUGCACGGUCGCCCAAUACAUUGGGGAGAUGUGCCGCUACAUUCUGGCCACUCCAGCUUCCCCUGCUGACAAGGGUCACAAAAUAAGGCUGAUAUUUGGAAAUGGAUUACGACCACAGAUCUGGCCGCAGUUCGUUGAACGUUUCAACAUUCCACGGGUUGCCGAAUUCUACGGGGCAACCGAGGGCAAUGCUAACAUUGUUAACCUAGACAACACCCCGGGUGCUAUCGGUUUCGUAUCCCGUAUCAUUCCAUCCAUUUACCCGAUCUCAAUCAUUCGAGCGGAUCCGGCGACUGGAGAGCCCAUCCGCGGGAAAGACGGACUAUGUCAGUUGUGCAAACCAAACGAACCAGGAGUAUUCAUCGGAAAAAUCAUUCCGAAUAACCCAAGUAGAGCGUUCCUGGGGUACGUGGAUAAGUCCGCCUCGGAGAAGAAGAUUGUUCGGGAUAUUUUCCGCAAGGGAGAUGCGGCCUUUCUUUCCGGUGAUCUGUUGUCCGCCGACGAACGAGGAAAUCUGUUCUUCAUGGACCGUACCGGAGACACUUUCCGGUGGAAGGGUGAAAACGUUUCGACCAGCGAGGUGGAAGCCGAGGUCAGCAACGCGUCCGGUUAUCGAGAUACAGUCGUGUACGGCGUUGCGGUUCCCAACAUGGAAGGCCGCGCUGGAAUGGCGGCGAUUUUGGAUCCAGAUCGUCAAGUAGAUUUAGUUAAGCUAGCACAAACUUUGAAGGAAAGCCUGCCUUCUUAUGCUAGACCACUAUUUGUGCGAUUACUCACCAAAGUUGAUAUGACUGGAACAUUUAAACUCAAAAAGCUUGACCUGCAGAAGGAAGAAUUUGAUCCUAAUGUUAUCGUGGAUGCUCUCUACUACCUGUCGCCUAAGGGAACCUAUGAGUAUCUAAAUAAGGAAGUCUUCGAACAGAUUCAGCGAGGGGAAAUUAGGUUCUAGGCUUUCGCAUUUUUGCCGGUAUUGCAUCCCUUUGUAGAACCUCACUUCAUCGCUCCUAUCAGCAACAAUAUUUUUUGUUUUUGGUUUUAUCUUCCGAUCAACUGUGAUAUUGAGCGAAAGCAUCCGGAGCGAGCAGCUGUUUGCCUUCCCCGAUUCCGUUUGUUCUUUCGAGACCUUUCACAUGUAAGAGCAAUAGUUAGCAAGUGGUUGUUGUAUUUGUUGGAUAGUUUCAAUGAUCGUUAUCAUUCAACGUUUAAUUUUCCCAUUAUACCUAAGUUGUAUUUCAUUUGACUGAAGUAAAUGUUAUUGUCGGCGAUAUCAAAGUGUUUUGUAAAUAAUUAGGAAAGAAGGCUGGACUGGGGACCGAAGUACUUAUGUGAGAAAAGGUUUUUUUCUAUAGCUUAUAUUAAAAUUGUGUACAUCUGUUUAGGUUUUUGUUUCCUAUCCAGUACAGAUUCAAAAGUUUAGCUAGACAAUAUUGCAUUUAAGUUGAAAACACAAAAAAUGGUAGAAAAUAGAUAUUUGAAAUAAAUCGGGUUACAUGUGUA